AUGGGUGCACAAAAGAUUGUUCUCAUUUCGAUCUUAGUACUCUUUUACGUGUUUUCACUUGUGUCAUGUACUGAAUUUGAAGCUGGUGGAGAAAAUGGUUGGAUCAUACCACAAUCUAGUAACCAGACUGAUAUGUUUAACCAUUGGGCUUCCAAGAACCGGUUUAAAGUUGGCGACACUAUCCGUUUCAAGUACAAGAAAGACUCGGUUUUGGUGGUAUCAGAAGAAGAGUACAAGAAAUGCAAAACGACCAAACCGGAACUUUACUCGAACCACGACGAUACGGUUUUCAAAUUGGACCGACCCGGUUUGUUUUAUUUCAUAAGCGGCGUCGCAGGGCACUGUGAGAAGGGUCAGAAAAUGAUAAUAAAAGUCAUGGAGGUUGAACCUACGCCGCAGUCUCCUCCGCCUUCUUCGUCCCUAGCCGCUUCUUCAACUCACAAGAAGAGUAACAGCUCAGUGAGAAAAACGAUUAGUGCCGGUUUAGUUACAAUUUCGAUUCUCGUUUUGACGGUUCUUAGUGUUGUUUAGUAGUAAUUGGUUUUAGAGUAUUGGAAGAAGAACCAUUAAGGCUCGGUUAUGGCGGUUCAACCGUGGAGUUUUAGUCCGGUUUAGGAUUUUUACUUUUUUUUUUUUUUCAAUUCCAUUUGUCUUUUGGUUAA